CCAAGGUUGUUUUUGAGCGACAUCGAUGACUUAGUUUUCUGCCGGACCGGCUCCGCCCAGCCGCCAAUAGAUUUCAUCCCACCUACGCUGAGGGGCAGCCGUUGCGCACUAUUUUCUGUCUUGCAUCUGUAUUUCGCCCAGCGAUAUAUAUCACCAGAUUCAUUUCUCCCUCGCACCGCACGCCUUUACCGUACCUCCUUCUACCUAUCGCACUUAACAUAUUCUAUCAGAGGCGCAGGAAGUGCCUCUGGCAUUGUAGGCUCGACUUCGCCUUCGGCCUUUGCGCAAAUAGUCAACCUCAUUCUCCCAAUCUCGCCACGGCACAACCACAGCCAAGGCGAUUAAUCCGUCGCACAUUCACCCACUCGGCCCGCUUUACGAACAAUGGCAUAUAGAGGAGCAAAACCAUUCGAUGUUCCCGGCCUUAACAAGGCUUUGAAGGUCCAGGACUUGGAGGAAAGCCGUGAUAUUUACAACAUGCUCCCAGACGAUUCACAACAACCGGAAAUCCUCGAGUCACACAUACACAAUCUUGCUGCACUCUUCGUUCGGAAUCGCGCUGAUGGAAUCCUCGGUAUCCAUUUAGCUCAUGGCCACUUCGCCGCCCCUGAUAACACCACCCUGCUAGGUGUUAACUACGAUAAGCCAUACUGUCGCUGGGCCAGACCUACGGUGAUCCGGACUGUGGACCUCAGCAACGUGCAUGGACAUAUAUUUGUUCUCACAGACCACGGUUUCCAUCCAUACGAGUAUCAAACAGGCCCUCUACCCGAUUUGUUCGAAGUUGACAGCGCCUUCCUCCCGGAACUCGCCGAAUAUCUGAUCACAAAUAACCUAUCAAAGCUUGUCGGACUUCAGGUCAUCGAUCCAAAUCCCACACGCAUGUUAGAGCUCAUUCUCCCUCAAGGAACUGUCAUGCUAGAUGUCUCGGUUCUAAAUGGUUGUGUCCCUACUAGGCAGACUGGCUGGAAGUUCGAAAGUGAGGAUGGCGAGCCACGCGUAUGUCAGGCAAAUGAGACGCAUGGCCAGCAUGCCAACGGUCAUGACAUUUAUAACAAAGGCAACCCUCAUCCAAAGCUGGAAACGUUUGAGGAUGUCAAGAAUGCACUUGUGGAAGUUGGAAUUCUCGAUCAGAUAGCUUAGCCUACUUAUUGUAUUGAAAAUUGAAAGGAAGUUCACCUGUGGAGUCGAAUAGUUAAAUGAGAUUAUAUUAAUCAUAUGGAUUGUUCAUACAGAC